UGGCUCAAGGGGAGCGAGGCUCGAUCCGCGCGCGAUGCGCAAGAAAGUGGACUCGCGCAUACGAACCCUCGUCGAGAAUGGCGUCAAGCUCAACGAGCGAACGCUGUUCGUCGUCGUCGGCGACCGCGGGCGCGAGCAGGUCGUGAAUCUGCACUACAUGCUCAGCAAGGCGGUCGUGAAGUCGAGACCGAACGUCCUGUGGUGCUACAAGAAGGAGCUCUACCUCUCCUCGCACAAGAAGAAGCGCGUGAAGCAGAUCAAGAAAAUGGUGUCGAGAGGGCUGAUGGACCCGGAGAACGAGGACCCGUUCUCGCUGUUCGUCGCGAGCACGGACAUCAAGUACACGUACUACGCGGACACGCAAAAGGUUCUGGGAAACACGUACGGCAUGGCGGUGCUGCAAGACUUCGAAGCGCUGACGCCAAACUUGCUCGCGCGCACCGUGGAGACGGUCGAGGGCGGUGGCAUCAUCGUGUUACUCCUUAGCAACUUGGAGUCGCUGUCGCAGCUGUACACGCUCACGAUGGACGUGCACUCGCGGUUCCGAACAGAGUCGCAUCAAAACGUCGUCGCGCGAUUCAACGAGCGGUUCAUCCUGUCGUUAGGGCACUGCCAGACGUGCAUCAUGAUGGACGACGAGUUAAAUAUCCUGCCGAUAUCCACGCACGUCCGGGAUAUUCAACCCGUCGGCGGGGACGUCGAAGCCGGCGCUGAGGCAGAGGACUUGACGGACCUGAAGCGAUCCCUCGCGGACACCGAACCCGCGGGGCCGCUCGUCUCCGCGUGCAAAACCUUGGACCAAGCGAAAGCGGUCGUGACGUUUCUCGACGCCGCGAGCGAGAAGACGCUUCGGAGCACUGUCGCGCUGACCGCCGCGCGCGGGCGAGGAAAGUCCGCGGCGAUGGGCAUCGCCGUCGCGGGCGCGAUCGGCAUGGGGUACGCGAACGUGUUCGUCACGUCGCCGUCGCCGGAAAACUUGAAGACGUUUUUUCAAUUCGUCUUGAAGGGCUUCGACGCGCUGGGGUACAAAGAGCACCUGGACUACGACAUCGUCGAGAGCUCGAACCCGGCGUUCGGGAGGGCGAUCGUCAGGGUAAACGUCACCAGGGUGCACCGGCAGACGAUCCAGUACAUACUUCCGCAGCAUCACGAGCGCGCGGCGACGGCGGAGCUGCUCGUCAUCGACGAAGCCGCGGCGAUUCCGCUGCCGGUGGUUCAGAAACUGUUGGGUCCGUACCUCGUGUUCCUGUGCUCGACCGUGAACGGGUACGAGGGCACAGGGCGCGCGCUGUCGCUGAAGCUGAUCAGCAACUUGCGCAGGGAGUCCGCCACCGCGGCGGCGCCGGGGAAGGACGGCGGCGGCGGCGGCGGCGGCGGCGGACGGAUGCUCAGAGAAGUCCAGCUCGCGGAGCCGAUUCGGUAUUCGUUCGGCGAUCGCAUCGAGGCGUGGUUGAACAACUUGCUGUGUUUAGACGCCGCGGACGCCACGCCGCCGCUCAUCGGCGCGCUACCGCCGCCGUCCGCGUGCGAGAUGUUCGAAGUCAACCGCGACACGCUGUUCAGCGCGCACAAGGCGUCGGAGACGUUCUUAAAACGCAUGAUGUCGCUGUACAUCGCGAGUCAUUACAAGAACACGCCGAACGAUUUACAGCUCAUGGCGGACGCGCCCGCGCACAGGCUGUUCGUGUUGCUCGCCCCGAUCGUGAAGGACGCGAACGCGCUGCCGGAGAUAUUGUGCGUCGUGCAAGUCGCGCUCGAGGGCGCCAUCACGCGCGCGUCCGCGUCCGCGACGCUCGCGGCCGGUCACGCGCCGCAGGGAGACCUUGUGCCGUGGACGGUGGCGACGCAGUUUCAAGACCCGGAAUUUCCGUCGCUCAACGGCGCGAGGAUCGUGCGCAUCGCGACGCACCCGGACCUUCCGAGGCAAGGGUACGGCAGCCGCGCGCUCUCGCUUUUGCACGCGUUCUACGAAGGGAAGCUCACGGAUCUCUUCGAGGCGGACGAGUUGCCGUCGGACGAGGCGCGAGGCACGAGCGACGUGACGCGGCAGGAGGGCGGGUUGUUGAAAGAAGUGCUCAAGCCGCGCAGCGCGCUGCCGCCGCUGUUGGCGUCCUUGGGGGAGAAAAAGCCGGAGAAGGUGCACUGGAUCGGCUCCGCGUUUGGUAUAACACAAGGCCUGCACAAUUUCUGGAGCAAGGCGGGGUACAAGCCGGUGUAUCUGAGACAGACGAAGAGCGAGGUCACGGGCGAACACUCCGCGAUCGUGAUUCGCGCGAUUGAAAACGACGACGACGACGACGACGGCCCCGCGGCCGCGCCGAAGUGGCUCCAAGCCUUCAACGCGGACUUCCGUCAGCGGUUCACGAGUUUACUAGGCGGACCGUUCCGGGACAUGCCCCCGGGGCUCGCGCUCGGGGUGCUCGCGCCGAGGGUGGACUUCAGCGACGCCGAGAAAGAAAACGGAUGCGACGUCUCCGUCGUGCGGCGCGCGGAUGGCGAAAAGAUCACCGCGCACGAUCUGAAAAGGAUCGAGAAGUACUCGCAGUCUCUCGUGGAUCAUCACCUCGUCGCGGACCUGAUACCGCCGCUCGCGAGGGCUUUUUUCGCGGGGAACGUCCCGGCGUCGAUGUCGUACGCGCAGACCGCGAUUCUGUUGUGCCUCGGUCUGCAGCACAAGGACGUGGACGACGCCGCCGCCGCGCUCGGUCUCCCGGUGAAUCAGAUCAUGGCGUUGUUUAACAAGCUCGUGAGGAAGAUGCACAACGCGAUACGCGCGGGCAAAGAGCGGGAGAUCGAGGAUGCGAUGCCGAGGGAGACUAUCAUGCCGGAGCUCAACCCGCACGCGGUGAGCUUGGACGAGGAUUUGGAAGACGGAGCCGCGAAAGUCACGGAAGCGAUGCGACUGAAACAAAAGCAGCUCCUCGAGGUGCGUCCCCGACCCGAAUACACGCCCGACACGACUUUUACCCUCCCCGUCGGAACGGCGAUGACGACUGGUUGUCAACCAGGUAGCUGA